AGCGCAUGGCAUGGCAUGGCAUGGGCUCGACUCUAGGCACGGAGCAAUUCAGCGGACCUGAAUCGAUAUGGACCCUCUCGGCGAUUCAGUUGAUGCACGUGGGUGUGGGAGCUCCAAUUCUUAGUGAGACUACAUAAGACUGGCUUUCGGAGAGGCUGAGAAACUCGUGUCGAGUGCAGAGGUGCUGAGAGAUCGAGCUCAGAGCAUUCGCAGACGCAGCAGAGUGGUCCGCAAGUGGGACGGAGAGAGACGAGGCCGAGAAGGAAUCAGCCCAGGCAGUUACCGUAGCCAGCAAACAUGCCUCGCGCUAGAGUCGCCCACUCGUUCGAGUCCCCGACCGUCGAUGUCAUGAUCGACAUGGGGCAUCCUUUUCUCAACAGAACGGUGGACGGCUUCAUCAAGAUCGGCAUUGUCGGCGCUGCACACGCGGGCACGCAAGAGAUUUUUGGCAUGUUGAGGAAAGAAAGCGUCACUAAAAGGGAUAUCGAGAAAGGGAUUAAGAAGAUGGCUUCCGAAGGAGUGCAAUGGGGUGUGGUGGCUGGAAUCUACACUGGAAUGGAGUACGGAAUGCAACAAACUCGAGGCCGACACGAUUGGAAAAGUGCAAUGUUGGGAGGAGCCCUGACGGGCGCGUUGUUAACCUUCGGAGAUAGUUCGUACGAUAAGGAGAAAAUGCUGAGGUCAGCCAUUACUGGAGGAGCCAUUGCAACGGCGGCUGAGUUUCUACGAAUUCUCACAUGAAAUGAAAGUAGUAAGCUGGGCAUGUUUAGUAGAGAAAACAAAACAAAUUUGUAUAUUCUUUGGAGUUUAUUUUCCACCAAUCUAUUACUGAUUGUAUGACACAAAAAUUACCAAUGUUUUCAUCUUGAUGAGAGAUAAUUAUCACUGUCUUACAGCCUAC